AUGUCGGAGAACCAGCCCAAUGCGAACAAUCACCAUCACCCCGUGAACAACAACGGGGGUGGUGGGGCUGCCGGGGGAAACAACCGGGGGGUACGGAACCCCAACCUCAACCAGAACCCCCUGAUUAAUGUGCGCGAUCGCCUCUUCCAUGCCCUUUUCUUCAAGAUGGCUGUAACCUAUGCCCGCCUCUUCCCACCCUCGUUCCGCCGCAUCUUCGAGUUCUUCGUCCUUCUCAAGGCUCUCUUUGUGCUAUUCAUCCUGGCUUACAUUCACAUCGCCUUCUCCCGGUCGCCCAUUAACUGCCUGGAGCACGUGCGGGAUAAGUGGCCGCGCGAUGGCAUCCUGCGGGUGGAAAUACAACGCAACUCCAGCCGAGCCCCCAUCUUCCUGCAGUUCUGCGAGGUGGAGAAAUUCCCGGGAAUGGUGAUUGAGUCUGUGCAUGAGGAGGAGGAGGAGGAAGAGGAGGAAAUGACCGUGGAGAUGUUUGAAAACAGCUCUGUCAAGUUUGAGCUGGACAUCGAGCCCAAGGUGUUUCUCAAGCCACCCCGGGCGAGCAGCACUGAGGCACUGACCCAGGUGACCCAGAACGAAAGCCAGGAGUUCUCGUUUAGCGAGGCGACCACUAAAGGUAUGCAGCCUCUGAGUGAGACUGUGUCCGAGUUUGAGAUGCUAGCCAGAGCAGUGUGGCCCCAGGAAGAGUACAUUGUGGAGUAUUCUUUGGAGUACGGGUUUUUACGCCUGUCUCAGAGCACUCGUCAGCGUCUCAGCAUCCCAGUCAUGGUGGUGACACUAGAUCCCACCAGGGACCAGUGCUUUGGAGACCGAUUUAGUCGCCUGCUGCUGGACGAGUUCCUGGGUUACGAUGACAUUCUAAUGUCCAGUGUGAAAGCUUUAGCUGAAAACGAAGAGAACAAAGGUUUCCUCCGCAACGUGGUGUCCGGGGAGCACUAUCGCUUUGUUAGCAUGUGGAUGGCUAGGACUUCGUACCUAGCAGCCUUUGUUAUCAUGGUCAUAUUUACUCUGUCCGUCUCAAUGCUGUUGCGCUACUCUCAUCAUCAGAUCUUUGUCUUCAUUGUGGACCUCUUACAGAUGCUGGAGAUGAACAUGACCAUUGCAUUCCCUGCUGCUCCCUUACUCACUGUCAUUUUGGCUCUAGUAGGCAUGGAAGCCAUUAUGUCCGAGUUCUUCAAUGACACCACCACUGCGUUUUAUAUCAUCCUCAUUGUGUGGCUGGCGGACCAGUAUGAUGCCAUCUGUUGCCACACCAAUACUAGUAAGAGGCAUUGGCUCAGAUUCUUCUACUUGUACCACUUUGCCUUCUAUGCAUACCACUAUCGAUUUAAUGGGCAGUACAGCAGCCUGGCUCUGGUCACCUCAUGGCUUUUCAUCCAGCACUCCAUGAUCUAUUUCUUCCAUCAUUAUGAGCUGCCGGCCAUCCUCCAGCAGAUCAGAAUCCAAGAGAUGCUGCUGCAGAACCAGCAGGUGGGUCAAGGGACCCAAACAACGCUGCAGGACAACCUCAACAACAACACUACAGCCGCCCCCACCGACAUGGGCGGCAGGCGGCCCCACCUGGCAGCUGGUCCCGCCGCAGAAAGCAGCAGCCCCAGUUCUCUGGCUCCCAGCGAGGAUCCCAGUGCUGUUGCCAUUGCAGCUGCUACAGCCUCUUCUGUAGGGAGUGAUCUGAACUGGGUCGCUGAAACUGCCGCCAUCAUUACAGAAGCCUCGUUUCUGUCUGACCUGAGCACUACCCUCUUGGAGCCAAACGUGGUGCACGAAGCCAUGGCCAAUGGGAGCCCACAGGAUGCAGCUGUCGCUGCUGCUUCAAGCUUGGUAGCCCGAAUUCGAGUCAGUAGCGACCACGUGGAGACUGCUAUGGGCUCCAUUACUAUUGAGGUCUCUUCAACAGCAGUGGUUACUGCAACAGAUGCACCCCCUGGUGCAGAAGACACACCAGCCACCCCCCUUGCCAGUGCCCCCCUUGUCCCAGCACCGGAGGAUCGUGCGUCUGUCCCCAGUCCUUCCCUUCCCGAGCAGACUGAGGCUGCAGGGGAGUCAUUGAGCCAAGCAGAACCUAGCGGAAAGGACUGUGUUGCAAACAGUAACCUGGCAGAGACCCCUCAGCCCCUCACGCAAGAUACUGAUCUGGUCAAGCAUUUGGCUAGUGCUUUUGGGGACCAUGGGGAGACUGCCCCCUGCCCAACAGCAGUGGACAGUACAGCCUGCUCCGAAGCUCACUCGGAACCAGAGUCCAGGAGCCUGUCCUGAGCUUGUUCUCUCCUUGUUCUCUGGCAGUCCAGAAGGAAUCUGGAUUUCUUGUUUCUCCCCAUGCCUCCCCCAUAAUUCCUUUUAGCGGAGGCAAAGCAGCUGGAGCACAGUAAAGAGGCAGUACAUUUCUCCCCUGGACAGUAAAUGUGUAUGUGUGACUAGCCAUUAAUACCCAGCAUCCCUCUGCAACUAGACCUGCAGAGAGAGGUUCUCCACCGCGUGCAAGCUGCUGGGGCCCCACGUUUUUCUUAAGCCAUUGGCAGACAACAGGGCUGCAGGAUUGGUGCACUCGGGCUAGUCAGCGUCACACUUCUGUGGUCCCCCCUUCUUCCUCUCCCACCCCUCCUGCGUUGCUCUUACAAGGAAGGGCUUCCAGUUGUACCGGCUGGAUCAGCUGCUGGGGACUGAGUCGUUAGCCCUACUCGCCUUUGCAAGCGUGACCCAAAUUGUACUAAACAGGGUUUUUUUUGUUUUAACCAAAAAAAAAAAAUCUUAGUGUGAUGAGUUGCAUCUAAUGUGAUGUAUUCCCGAAAAGACAGGUGGGAAAGCUCAUCAACUGAAAUGGAAAUGAACCUCAGGGGCUGUCAGAAACCACUUGCUGGAGCUAAGAGUCAUUUCCUUUCAUCAUGGGAGCUUCGGUGGAUGCUGCUUGACAUCUUCACUCUGACAGUUUGGUAGCAUCUAGCUGAUUGUCUGCCGCUGAAUCUCCCUGUUCUCAGCUCUUGUUCCUCACCAGCCAUGUGGGCCUUGACUGUAUAGGGGUUUUUUGGCUACUUAGCAAAGGAGUAAAGUUGGCGGUUGCAAAGACAAAUUAUAUAUAUAGCUCUAUCUAUUUUUAGAAAGAUGCAGAGGUUUUAAAGGGCGAGAGACAAGUCUGUAUUAAUGGGGGGAGAAGAUACGGGUGGCAGUUUCCUGGCGUUCCUAUCUUUUAGAACUGCAGUUUGUGUAACAGAAUGUGUGUGUGGCGGGGGUGUUCAGGUCUCCUUUGAAGAUCCACAGAAGGCAGCAGAGGACAUCAGCAAGCUUGGCCUUCCGCUAGGGAAAGUGCAUCUUAAGCCCUGUGCGCUUUUACCAGAUAUCAUUGCAGUAGAGAAGCUGGGAAAUAGGGCUUUGAUUAGCUGUAGUUAAGCAUCUUUCUGCUGCCCUCUCCCCCUGACCUCUUACCAGUGGCCACCCUGUCCUGGGAGAGGUGAAACGUGAGGCUGUUUUCCUGUGCUAACAGAUCUCUGAGAGCCAGUCAGCGCUGUCUGAGCUGAUAGGUUCAUACCGCUUCCCUGGCAGGUGGCAGGGGUGUGCUUGGAACCAUCUAGGAUGAUUCUGGGACGGAUCCCCAUGGCUAUCCUCCCUUUUCCAUUCCCACUGCACCCCCGAAAGGAGAGCAGCUCUUCUUGCUGCCACAUGGCCUCUGUCAGGGGCUCUCUGAAUCCAGCACCUUAAAUGCAUAGCACAUAGACUGGGUAAGCUAGAGCCAGGGGCUGUGGCCUGAAAACCUUAGUUAGAAACUGAACUAUAGCUUCAUAAUUCAUGGAAGAGCCUUUAGGGACGCAUGUGUGUAGCCCGGUCACCACACAGCUCCACUCUUUGCUUUGGUGGCUUAGUUUGUUUUUUUCAGUGCCUUGUCCCAUGCGUGGGACACCUUCACAUCCUAAGAUUGGGCCCUUCCAUGAGUUGAGAAACCCCCUUGGCACAGGGCCAGAAGGGGAGACUGCAGGUAGAAAACUGUUACUCACAAUGGUUCAGUAGAAAAGCAAAGGACCCGAACAGUGAAGCCAAGAAGAAAUUUAGAUAAACCCUCCCUCUCCUCCCUGGCAAAAAGGAAGCCUGGAGCACUAUCCUGCUGAAAGGAGAGGCAAAGCUAGCUGUGAGAUUAGUGUCUCACCCUGGUAGACUGUAGUUUGCCCAAGGGCUAUCUGGCUCUAUACCUUUUUACUAACUAGUUGUAGUGGGUGACAUCUGGUACCCAAGUUAGAGAGGCUGCAUUAGAAACCAUCCUGUUAUUGGCAGCAGAGUUUUCUAGUUCACUCAGCCUGCAUUGGUAUGCCCAUCCUGGGAGCUGCUUCCUUUGGAGAAGGGUUUGUGGUAGGUGAUGUCCGGUUCCCCCAGCAAGGCUCUGAGAGGGGAGAUAAACUCAGGAAAAGGUAGCGUAUGUGGUGGAAAAGGGAAGUGCCAUGGGGGAGGGUGGGGCUUAGCCCCCCCCUUGAUUAGAGGGGAGCUGGAAGGCAUGUCUCUAGGGGGGUGGAGACCAAGCUGUGGAAUUGUCCUUGGGCUCCAUCCUUGCCUACAUGAGCUAAGCAGCCAGUAGGUGCAGCCGGUGUUUCCUUCCCAGGAAUGAGGCUCUUAGGCAUUUCCACUGCUUCCAGCAGCGCCUCCCCCAUGCGGUGUGGGGAAGUGAGGUGUGAUCGAAGGCUUUGCCAUGUCAGUGGCUGCCCAGCACAGAGGGGUUCCCGACAGUAUCUUCGCCUUUCCUCCCCAGAAACCCUUUCUAGGGAGUACAUGCUGCUGCUGGAGGUGGAGAGCGCAUGCCAGGGCCCGAUACAUUGGUGGACCCCUCUCACUACACCCAACCUCCCCAGGAGCGAGAUGGGGUCCAGCCAACAUCUCCCCCCUCAAUUAUCUGAUGCUGCUUCUAGGCAGGUUGUAAAGGUCACAGAGCACAAGGCAGCAGAAACAGCUGUAGGAUUUGGGGGGGGGGGGGAAUGAACCAAAUCAUUUGCUGAAUGAAGAGUAGAGUUCAUUCUAUUUAAUUAAUGUACAAAAUGUGUUUGUAUAUAUAAUAAAUAUUAUCUCGAACAGC